AUGAAACGCAGCUGCACCCCGGAAACCCAGCAAAAGUCCAACAAACAAAGUACUACUGCUCGAAAUGGCGAGUCACUGAAUCUCUCCAGCUUGAAUGCACCUGUCUCUCCGCCGCAAAGACGAUCCAAUCGGUUGAAGGACACAUCAACUGUAUCACAAGCUACUGCCAGUCUCGCUGCUAUAGAAGCGGGGGAGGAGAAAGUAACGGAUCAUCUGAGAAUAAUUUCUACUAAGCUGGCUCAGUGUACUCGUCCUUCUCACCAGCAGACUUUCCGACUGCCGAUUGAUGAAUGGGUUGAUCUGUACAAACGCAAUGAGCAUCUCCAUGGCCACCAUUUUGUCAUUCACCAGCAUGACCACCCAAUCGCGGGACCACACUAUGAUCUUCGAUUACAGUUCUCAGAGACAAGUUCUGUCAGUUGGGCAGUGAUGUACGGAAUGCCGGGCGAUCCCAAUAGUGAAAGAUUGAAUCGCAAUGCAACCGAAACUCGCAUUCAUUGUCUAUGGAACCACCUCAUAGAAACAGCCUCCCCGAAAACAGGAAGCAUGAUAAUCUGGGACACAGGAGAAUACGAAAUUCUCCCCUAUCGCGACCCAGAACCCGAAACCGAUGAUUCCCGCUCAGAUACCUCAGAAGAUACUCUUGACCAUAUCCCCGAUAGCGUGAAGUUACAAGAAGCAUUUAAAAAUCGCAAAAUCCGAGUCCGUCUACAUGGAACACGUCUACCUCAGAACUACACCCUACUUCUACGAAUGGAUAAAUCGUCCGAUUACACGCGUCCGCUUCGCCAGGGUGCGAAACGACGUCGUAAACGCAACAAAUCACAGGCGCCUGCAGACUUGGAUUUUAGCUCGGGAUCUGAUACUAAACCACAUCUAGAUCCACUUCCAGAUACAGACCCACGUCCAUUAUCAACCCAUAAUGAUGAUGUGGCUGAUCUGGAAAUACAGAUCAAUAACGCAUACCCCGGUUCUAAGAAUAGUAUUGGGUCGGUCCAUCAGCGGCGGUGGUGGCUUAGUCUUGACCGGAGUGCUUCAGGGCUUCAGUGUGUGAAUGGCAAUGAUGAUAAUGUGAGUCAGAGUAGUCGAGGAUCCACUAAAACGUGGGUUCGGACUCCGACGGCUGGGCACGGCUUCCCGUUUUAUGUGCACGGGCCAGAGAUUGAGAGGAGCGUUAUCACGGGGCGGUUGGGGGCCGAUGUUUUGGUUGAUGAGGGGGUUGCUUUUGUAGCGAGACGGGGGUGGAGAGCUGUUUUGGAUUAG